AGGAAGCUCUACUAAAUUUGGGAUAAAUCGCCGUGUUCCUUGUUUCUCUUCUCUUGCGCCUCGUCGCUCGCAAGGCCGAAGAAGAGGGGAGGAAUAGACGGUUUCGUGGCUCAUCGAUCGGUCCGCAGAAAGGGGAAAAGUUGAGGUUUUGAGUGGUUCUUCUCCCGUUAUCUCCGGUGUUGUAGGUAUUGUGGAUUGGUUCGAGGUUGUAGUAGAUCAGCAUAUCGGAUUGUUCUACUGUUCGGUUGAAAAAAUAUGAUCUCUGGUAAUUCGACUUAAGAAGCUUGAUAAUUGUUUGAGGGUUUGUUUUUUUUUUCCCCUUUGGCUAAAUUGAGGGUUUGCUUAGGCCUCUGGAACUUUUGAGCUGGCAUUUUCUGUUUAUUAUUCAAAGUUGACGAAUUUCUUGGGUCAUGAAAAUUAGAUUAGGUUUCUGUAAAGACAAAUCGUUAAAGAACCGGAGUUUGGAUUGAAAUUCCUUUGAUUCACAAUUUUGUGCUGAAGAAUCAAGUACUGGUCAUUCUGGUCAUUAGGUUUGAGGAUGGCAUUGAAUUUUUCUUCUCGUUCUAUGCUUCCUGUCCCAUUUGUCCAUUCUGAUAAUGAAUCCUACCUAUCGGUGUUUGAGGGGAGCCAAAUCUGUGUGUACCCAUUUUUGUCUGGCUGGGAGGUUGUAAAUGCUUUUGACUGCGUUGUUGGGGACAACCAGUCGUUGUCAGCAAUAGACGAUGUUUGUGAUCCUGUUGAUCUGUUACCUGAUGACCCAUUUGGGAUGGAGUUAAACAGAAAUAUGGGAGCUGCUCUAGAUGGCUUAUUUAAGGCUAGCUGUAGGGACUUCUUUGGAUGGAGUUUGGUUUGCUCGCCUGAAACUCAAUUUAACUAUGAUGCUAGGGCAGAAGAGCUUGAUGGUUGGCCAAUUGAAAGCUUUGAAGGAUUCUCUGUUAAUGAUAGUCUUGAUGAAGAGUCUGAAACUGGCUUAAUAGACGGUGAAUCUUUGAACCUCUAUUGUGAAGACAAUACCCACUCUAGUGGAGGAGAUGAGGGACUUCCACACGAUGGACUUAUAUUCUCACUUAGAUAUAUGGAUCUUCGAGAUCUCCUCUCACUUGAAAGGGUCUGCAGGUCCUUGCGUUCAGCUGUUCGAAAUGACUCUCUUUUGUGGAGAUCUAUGCUAAUAGAUUCUCCACUGAGUGAGAAGAUAACAGAUGAUGUUCUCCUGCAACUAACCAGGAGAGCUCAAGGGAACUUGCAAUCUUUGAGUCUGAUAGGUUGUCCAAGGAUUACAGAUGAAGGCUUGAAGUGUGUGUUGGACAAUAAUCUGAGUCUAAAGAAGUUGCAUAUUCCUGGGUGUGUAAGACUAAGCCUUGAAAGUAUAAUAAACAUCCUCAAGGAAUAUCAGUCAAAAUGUUCACCAGGAAUUGAGCAGCUCAAGCUUGGUAGACUUUUCAGUGUAUCCCAAGAACAAUAUGAAGAGUUGAAGUUGUUGCUACACACAGACCAACAUCAACAACCCCAAGCUCAGAAAUUGAGGUUCUAUUACACUAGUCGAUCAUCUCUUGGUUGGGUUGAUGAUCGUGCUAUUGACAUUGAAAUGUGCCCACUUUGCAAAAAGUACAAACUAGUCUAUGAUUGUCCUUCAGAGAGUUGUCAAGGAAGAGGUUUUACGCAAUGCAGAGCCUGUGACAUUUGCAUUGCAAGAUGCAUCCAGUGUGGAAAAUGUAUCAAAGACUGCAGGUAUGUAGAGACCUUUUGUCUCGAAUAUUUGUGUUCAGAUUGUUGGAAGGAACUACAGGAGAAAUUUUAGAGCAUCAAGAAUACUGAAAAAAAAAACCUGAAUUUGCAACCUUAGACUGUUGGCUAUCCAUUCAAUUGGUUAAUAGGCAAUGCAUUUGCUUAAUUUUAUUGGAGAAUUCAAAGUUCCCCCACCUUUCAAUAUUUUUGGGGGGUAUUGCAAAAAUGGAAGCUUCAUAUUUCUAUGCCUUUCUGGGCCACCAGCAUUUCCUUCAAGCAACGAUGAAGUUCUAGUGAUUUAUAAAUUCAAAUGCCAAAAAAAAAAAAAAAAAUCAGAGAUGCAGGCAUGUUGAAAUUUUCCGCCUCAAAUAUGUAUGUUCAUGUUCAAAUUGUUGGAUGGAGCUACAAGUAGAACAACUGAGCACUUAGAUGGAUGAAUUUGCUCAUAUAUUGAAGAAAUAUAAGUUUGGCCACCUAUUAUUUUUUGCUGGUCUAUUGUUCAAUACAGAACUUCAUACGUCUGCUCUUUUACUGGCCAAGCAAGUAUGAAACAGGAGCAAUAUCUACCCAAAAGAUGAGAAAAAAAUGGUAGAAGCAAGUGAUAAUGUCAAGAACACCCUUUGUUAUCGUGCUUAUGAUCAGGAGAAGCGAGUAUGAAACAAGAGCAAUAUUUACCCAAAAGAUGAGGAAAAAGAUGGUAGAAGAAAGCGACAAUAUCAAGUACAUCCUUUGUUAUUCUGCAUAUGAUCCGAACUAUUUGAAUUAUGAAAUAUGAAGUUUGGUUUCCAGUACAAACUAUGGAAGUUUGAGAUUCACUUGCAGAGUCUGAGCGCAUGUCAACUAAAACCAUAUCGAAGAGUUUAUGAGCUCACUUCUCUCAUAUACCUACAAUUGGUCAUUGGCUCAAGUGCUGGUGGGCUUGGAGCGAUACCACCUUGAAUGUUGGUGUCUUUUAAUUCUGCCUCCAAUUUCAUUUAGAGAAUGCUCCCUUAUGAUGGCACAGUGGCACAAGUAAAGAAUGCCGAUCCGACUUAUCGAAUACAAUCCAACUGUUUGCUGAUUAGCAAUAUGUUGUUUCAAACUUAAGAAUCUUGAUUCUGCUUGUUAUUAUAUUUGCAUAACAGUGAUGAAAUUGGAUCCUUGUUGGAAGUUGAAAGCUAGAAUUUCUAAAACAAUUUUAGCAUUCUAAAUUUGGGGAAAAGAGCAUGUUAACAAGGUAGAAAUCUUCAGAUUGUAUCAGAAGAUAUUUGUUCUUCUACGCUCAAUUGCAUGUAUAUUAUAUUGUUCAACUAAUCCAAUGCUUCAGACUGUAACAGAAGUGUGCAAUGGCUAGCGAUAAAUGUUAUGUUCUUAGUCAUUAAUACAUUUACUUCUUGGCUGGAUUUUGUAA